UCCUCCCCCCUCCUCCGGGUGAAGCUCUCAAACAUGGCGGCCCUCAGAGUUGUGUGCAGAGCGCAGCGGCUUCUCCUCAGGAACAUCUCAGGUUCCUGCAGAAGCAAACAUGUCGAGCAGCAGACCUGUGGCUGUUACUUUUCCACCUCCAACCAGAGAAGUUCACAGUUCUACUCGGACCCUACAGAUGCAGUCAAAGAUAUCCCCAGUGGAGCUACAAUCCUGGUGGGAGGUUUUGGAUUAUGUGGCAUCCCAGAGAAUCUUAUCAACAGCUUACUGAAGACUGGUGUGAGGGGUCUCACUGCAGUCAGCAACAAUGCUGGAGUGGAUAACUUUGGGCUGGGCCUGCUGCUCCAGACGAAGCAGAUAAAGAGGAUGAUCUCCUCAUACGUUGGAGAAAAUGCAGAGUUUGAGCGACAGUAUCUGUCGGGGGAGUUGGAAGUGGAACUGACACCACAGGGCACUCUUGCAGAGAGGAUCAGGGCUGGUGGUGCCGGAAUUCCAGCUUUCUUCACCGCCACAGGCUAUGGCACACUAAUCCAAGAGGGAGGCUCUCCCAUCAAGUACAACAAAGAUGGCAGCAUUGCCAUCGCCAGUGAGAAGAGAGAGGUCAAAGAGUUCAACAACAGGCACUACAUCAUGGAAAAGGCCAUCACCGGAGACUUUGCAUUGAUCAAGGCAUGGAAGGCCGACAGGGCUGGAAACAUAGUUUUCAGGAAAACAGCCAGAAACUUCAAUCAGCCCAUGUGCAAGGCAGCCAAAACCACAAUAGUAGAGGUGGAGGAGGUGGUGGAUGUUGGGACUUUUGCUGAAGAGGACAUCCACAUACCCAGCAUCUACGUGCACAGGGUUGUUCUGGGAGCCAGCUUCGAGAAGAGGAUCGAGAAACGCACAGUACAGAAAGGUCAAGAUGAGAAGCCCAAACCCAAGAAGGACUCGGAUAUUGUUCGGGAGAGGAUCAUUCGCCGAGCUGCUCUGGAGUUUGAGGAUGGGAUGUACGCUAACCUUGGUAUUGGUAUCCCCAUGUUGGCCAGCAACUUUAUAAAACCAGACAUCACUGUACACCUUCAAAGUGAAAAUGGGAUUUUGGGACUGGGGCCAUACCCCACUGAGGAUGCAGUGGAUCCAGAUCUGAUUAACGCUGGAAAGGAGACUGUCACGGUGCUCCCUGGAGCUGCCUAUUUCUCCAGUGAUGAGUCAUUUGCCAUGAUUCGAGGGGGACACAUCAACCUGACGAUGCUGGGAGCCAUGCAGGUGUCAAAACAUGGAGACCUGGCCAACUGGAUGAUCCCGGGUAAGAUGGUGAAGGGAAUGGGAGGAGCCAUGGAUUUGGUGGCUAGUGCCGGAACCAAGGUGGUGGUGACCAUGGAGCAUUCAGCUAAGGGAGGAAAACACAAGAUAUUGGACACAUGCAGCCUGCCGUUGACGGGGAAACAGUGUGUGGAUCGUAUCAUCACAGAGAAGGCUGUGUUUGAUGUGGAUCAGACAAAAGGCCUGACUCUAAUAGAAGUAUGGGAGGGGCUCACUCCAGAGGAUAUUAAGGCAUGCACUGGCACAGAGUUUGAGGUGUGUCCCAAUCUGACGGCCAUGCAGCAAAUCUAGAGGAGCCUGGAAAGAGAGAGAGAUGCACUUUUGAUUUGUAUCCCCUCAUUUCUCUGUGAUGAACAGUUGAUUUAGCAGCCUGUGAUAGGUCAAAUAAGCUCAUAAACCAAAACUACUUCAGGUCACAUCGCUUCCUGCCUUCCUGACUUAUAGGAUCCAAAAUGAAGGAUUCUUUUUUUGCAACCAGAUAUAAGAAAAACGAUUUGGGAUCAUUACAUUGUUGCGUAUUACACCAUCAGUUAGUAAGUUAUUCUUAUGCAGAUUUUUCUACUAUGAUCAAAUUCAUGCAAUAUAUACAACUAAAUGUGAUUUCAUAUUUACCGCAGGGUCAAGACGUUGCUAUAAAAUGACACAGAGCUGAAAUGUAAUUAAAUAACUAAAUCAAUUUAGAAGAGAAUUAGCUGUAAUGUUAUUCAAGAGAUUUCUCAUUUGGAAGAAGGGAAUAUGUAGGUAGUUGUACCAUUUGUUACAAAAAAGUAUUUUAAUGAUUUAUGCAGUCGAUAUGCAGUGAGAUAUCUAUUCUUCAUUUGGGAAAUGCAGUAUAUGAAGGAAUGAUGAUCUCCUCCUCCACAGCGAUAUGAACAUUGUCUACCUGUCGUCCCCCCCCACACUCUCAUAUUUUGCAGCUGGUUGUUGAUGUUGAGUUGCUCGGCUCGUCAACCAGAAAACAUAAUGCCUCCAGAUUUUGCACUCAGACGUUUGCCGUCCCUCUGCCUUUGUGUAAAAUAAAAUACGACUGUGUGCUGAGUGGAACAA